CCCUGUGGUCCACCCGUGUUGUGGUCUGAUCCUGUGAGCGAGUCCGGUCUGUAAAAACAAAAGCGUUUUACUGCGACAGCAUCCGGCAGAAGAAGACAUGGCUGCUGCAGGAAAAUCAGCUAAAAAGGAAAUCAGAAAGCCAGCAAAGACCUCCUUCACGUCACCGUUCACUCCACGAUGGGGCCUGCUUCCGCAGGAAGACAUGCACUUCAUCCUGAAAACCCUGAGGGACAAACUGGUGUCCACGGGUCUUGAGAAGAAAGAGGUCAAAGUGUUUCGGCCGUGGAGGAAAAAGAAAGACCAGAAACCUGCCGCCGCACCAGAACCUGCUCCCCAGGCGAGCCAGGAUUCUCCCAAAAACGGCUGGACAGACGUGUCAGCGAGGAGACAGCUGGCCGUCGGCAUCAACGAGGUCACCAAAGCUCUGGAGAGGAACGAGCUCAAACUGCUGCUCGUGUGCAAGUCCGUCAAGCCCAAACACAUGACGGAUCACCUGAUCGCACUGAGCGCCACGAGAGGCGUGCCGGCCUGCCAGGUGCCCCGGCUCAGCCAGAGCGUGUCGGAGCCGCUGGGGCUGAAAAGUGUCCUCGCUCUGGGGUUCAGACAGUGCGCCUGCAAAGAUGACGAGGUGUUCACUGACACCGUGGACGCCAUCAGACCCAGAGUGCCUUCACUGGAUGUUGCGUGGCUUCAGGGUGGAGCACCCAGUGUGACACCUGAAGGUCCCGCUGAUGUGGAGGAGGAGGAGGAGGAGGAGGAGGAGGAGGAGGAGGAGAAGAGGAAGGGCCAGAAAAGGAAGCUUGAGAGUGAAUCUGAGGAGGUCACAGAGUCGGCCUCCUCCUGCACGCUGCAGCCGCUCAAAGUGAAGAGAAUAGUUGCUAAUCCAGCAAAGAUGCGAAAAGUGAAAGGCGAAGGCGAAGACAGUCAAAUGAAAAAGAAGAUGAAGAUACUUAAGGGAUCAUUCCUGUUUUUGUAUGUUUUAGUUUCCUAUUUUUUGGCUUUUGACCACCUAAAGUGA